CAAGUUUCACCGUACAGUUCGUGGAGGUCUUCGUCUAUUUGCUUGAUGUGAAUCUCUGUAUUUAAAAAGAAAUCAAGAAGAAAAUUAUGCCGGCCGGCGGCCGCUGCAAUUCGUUCUUUUCCACAGAAGGCAGAUGAAUGACGACAAACUAGCUCACCAAUUGGGCAUAAAAUAACUCUCAUUCAUUGAUUGAUCAAGGAAGGAGGAUUCCGUCAAACCGAAUAGUUGAUUCUUUCACUGCCGGCUUCUGUACAUUAUAACACCAUCCCAAAGCUCUCACUCAAAUCCAUCCUCACCCCAUUUCACAACAAUGGCCGACGAAAGUUUCCAGUUCUACGCCGGCUUAAUCUCCCUGCUAUGCAUCACCUUCAUCCUCAAAAACCUAUUCGGCAAAACCCGACCCGACCCGGACCGACUCCCGCCCGCCCCCUUCGCCCUACCCAUCAUCGGCCACCUCCACCUCCUAGCUCCAAUCCCUCACCAGGCCCUCCACAAGCUCGCCGUCCGUCACGGGCCGCUCUUCCGCCUCUCCCUCGGCUCAGUCCCCUGCGUCGUCGCUUCAUCGCCGGCGACCGCCAGGGAAUUCCUGAAAACCUACGAGUCCCUCUUCUCCGACCGCCCCAUACCCGCCGCCGUUGACUACCUCACCUACGGCUCAGCCGACUUCUCCUUCGCCCCCUACGGACCCUACUGGAAGUUCAUGAAGAAGCUGUGCAUGUCGGAGCUGCUCGGCGGCCGGAUCCUGGACCGGAUGCUCCCGCUGCGGCGGGAAGAGAUCGGGCGGUUUCUGCAGGGGACGAAGAACAGAGCAGAGGCAGGGGAGGCGAUGGACGUCGGAGGGGAGCUGAUUCGGGUGGCGAACAACGUGAUCUCGGUGAUGAUGAUGCGGGAGAGGUGCUCCGGCGGGGCGGACGAGGCGGAUCAGGUGAGGAAGCUGGUGGAGGAGACGGCGGAGCUCACCGGGAAGUUUAACUUGUCGGAUUACAUUUGGUUCUGCAAGAGAUUGGACCUGCAGGGGUUUGGGAAGCGGCUGAAGGAUUUGAGGAGCAGGUUUGAUUCGAUGAUGGAGAGGAUCAUUGAGGAGCACGUGGAGGCAAGGAAGAAGAACAUCGAUGGAGAUGACGAGGAGGUGAAAGAUCUUCUUGAUGUGCUGCUCGACAUAAAGGAAGACGAAGAUUCUGAAAUCAAACUCACUCGAGAAAACAUCAAAGCCUUCAUCUUGGAUAUAUUUGCGGCGGGAACGGACACGUCAGCGAUCACUACAGAGUGGGCAUUGGCGGAGCUGAUAAACCACCCUGAGAUACUGAACAGAGCAAGGGAAGAGAUUGAUACGGUGGUGGGGAAAUCCAGAUUGGUCAAGGAGUCGGACAUUCCGAACCUUCCUUACCUCCAAGCCAUAGUGAAGGAGACGUUGCGGCUCCAUCCGACAGGGCCGCUGAUUGUGAGAGAGUCGAGCGAGAACUGUGAGAUUCAAGGCUAUAAGAUUCCGGCGAGGACCAGACUGUUUGUGAACGUCUGGGCCCUUGGCAGGGACCCGAGCCAUUGGGACGAACCGCUCGAGUUCAAGCCCGAGCGGUUCAUUGAUGGGGCAGGGAAGAGCCAGAUGGACGUGAGGGGGCAGCAUUUUGAGUUUUUACCGUUUGGAAGUGGGAGGAGAGGGUGCCCUGGGACGACGCUGGCUCUGCAUAUGGUGCACACUAGCCUGGCUGCCAUGGUUCAGUGUUUUGAGUGGAAGGUUCAUGAAUCGACGAAGAGGAGUGAUGGGGGUAAUGUCGAUAUGGAAGAAGGAGUUGGGCUUACCCUUCCGAGGGCUCAUCCUUUGAUAUGUGUUCCUGUGCCUAGACUCCAUCCCUUUCCGACUAUUGGAUUGGAUGGCUAACUAAAGACUUGGGCACGAAAUAGUUGUUUGAAUUAUGAAAGUUUAGUUUAAACUCGACUCUAUUUUUAUAGAAUGUCAUUUUUAAAAAUCACACUAUAAAAAAAGUUUCUCUUAAAAAUCACAUUCAAUCACACUUUUAUUUUAUUACUCGUAAUAGAGAUGACGAUUUCGACCCGAUCCCUUCUAUUUGGCUUGUCUAACUUAUUUUGGGUGGGUAACACACGUGUUGUAGGUAGAGCAGGCAUGUGUCCUCUUUUCUUCCUUUAGAAUGCACACCGUAGAGUCGACCUAUCUUGAUCAAUACCCCAAAGUUAAAUAUCCGACUUGGACCCAACCUGCCAUGAAAUUAGGGGUGGGCAACGGGAAACGGGUAUUUGGGUAUACUCGUACCCGUCCCGUUUUUUAAGGGUUACGAGUACCCAUAUUACCCGUAAUAUUUUAAAUGGAUGGGACUUGGAAUUGUACAGUCCUAAUAUGGGUACCCGCGGGUUACCCGCGAAUACCCAUUUGGGUAAUAUGGGUACCCGUUGUACCCAUUCAAAUUACAAAGACAUAUAAUUCAUCUUCUCUUGGAGCAAGUAAUAUGGGCGUCAGACUAACUAUAGAACCUGUAACAGUAAAAAAACCCUUACAUUCAGCAUCCACCAAAAACAACCAUCAACAAAAGGGGUAAGCUUAAAGUAAAUAUUACCUGGCACAACAAGGCGACUGUAGUUCCGGACAUGUCCUAGUCCUCUUGGAGCAAGUAAAACCUGUUAACACGGUUGCAAAUCAGACUUGUCUUUACUUUUCCAACACAAAAGUAUAUGAAUUCAUUCAGAACUGGGGAGCAGCACCAGCCGCAAUCACAUGAUUCAAUUACAAUUCGGUAACUUCUAACCCCAUUCCCUCACAGGGCAUAUUCAGUUAUUCGGUAACUUCUAACCUCAUUCCCUCACAGACGCAACACGCACGUUCAACGGCUGAGUUCUGUGUAGCUUUUUUUACUGUUUCCCCUUCCUUGAUUCCUUUUCAUCUUCAUCAUCAUCCCUUCUUUAGGUUGUAGGAAUUGGUGUAAGUUGCUACUUGUGCAACCAUUUUGUGUUUUGAAAUGAAUGCUUUGGAUGUAAUUGACUAAUUGUCUUUAGGUAAAAUGUGAUUUAAACUUUGGGUAUUUAUGGGUAGUAUGGGUACCCGUUAUCCGUCCCGUACGAGUAAUGGGUACCCGUUUCCCAUAUGAGUUUGGGAUAUGGGAUGGACUUUGAUCUCUAAAUGGGACUGGGUACCCGUUUAAAACGGGACCCCUGCAUGAAAUGAGUAUAAGCAUCGAGGUACCGAUUCCGAUCUAUCCAUUGUAAUUUCUAACAAGUGAUAUGUUAGAAAUCAUGGAUCUAUGGCGUUCUCGAGUUAGGUUAUGAAAUUGGGAACGUGAUUUCAAGGAAUUAGGAGAAUAGAAUUUUCCAAAUAUGUUUCUGUAACAUUCUUUAUUGAUUAAUUUUGAAAAAAUACCAAAGAAAAGAACUGAAAACCCUAAUAAUAACCCUCAUCGGCCUUACUUGGCCGCUACUCCUCCUAUAUAAUUGACAUUGAUAGUAUUAAUCAUUUAACUGUAGAUUGAGUCGAGCGUGAGACUUGGAACCCCUUUGCUUCGUGAAAUCCACAAACCCUAAUCUCAGCACAAACAAAAAUGCAAAUUGAGUGUAAUAGAUCGAUUGAGAAUUGAUGAAGUAAAAGCUUGUUGUUUUCUAAAAUAACUAAUAGACUUUAAUCGAAAUAAACGUUGGAUGGGCUU